AUGGCGUGUGAUCGCUUCGGACGGGUCGUCGACGGAAAGAAGGUGCAGAACCGAUUAUUGGCCCUCGUGGAGGAGCACAAAAGGUUCGAUGCAGAGUCUUCACGACUGCCUGGCGUGGAUGAGGAAGAGCGUGAAAAGCACAUCCUCUUGGACGACAUUGUCAAUCUCUUGGAUGAUUUGAAAAGUUUGCCAGCAACUCGUUCCGAGGGACAAGAAGAAAAAGACAAGAUCGAACAAGGUGGUGCAAUU